AUGCAGAGCUGCGACGAUCAGUGGAAUGAUGUAACGGUCAAAGAAGGAACCCCUGAUUCCCGUACCUGGGGCCCGCUAUCCACGUUCGCCUUGGUCCUGUUUGGCAAGGGAUCGUUCAUGGACGACGCGACCGACGCCAAACCGGGCAAUGUAUUCACGGGGUGCAGGGCAUAUCUUUCGCAUUUUGUGUCAUCCGAAGCUAACAAACGCGCCAUUGCAAUCGCCAUGGACGCCGCCGCAUUCAUUGUCCACAAUGCCUGGAUGACUGCGAGCGUCAGGGAGAUGAAAAUCAAGCGGCUCACGGGGCCUAAAAUCCAGGCACCAGAUCUUUCGGCAACCAACAAGAUUAUCCUCUCCGUCCUCCUCGAUGUCUUUUUGCUCUCUCUUCUCGGUGUCGAUUUUAGCGCUUUGACGCCGUGCUGGAGGGAGAGGCUCGACUCGUUUGCCACGCUGAGGAUCGGAGCGACGAUACCAGAAAGCUUUCCGCUCAUGGUUUCGUACCGGCCAGAUCACAUUAACGUGCUGGACAAGACACCAGGUUGGGUCAGUCAUGCGGCCAGUCAUGAGGAAGGCGACGAAAAGCAGGACGUGUUGAAUGUGCUCGAGAGAGUGGAGCUGACCAAGAAGUACCUCGCGAGCCAGUCUACUCCCAGACAGCUGUAA